UUUAAGGAAUAUUCAAUAGUUAGCUAAAUAAGAUACAUUUGAUGAAAAACUAAUUUCAUUGUAAAUCUAUUAAAAUUAUAUAUGAUUUUAAUGUAUAAUAUUUUUAUUGAAGUAAAACUGAACUGAAUGUUUUUUCAAUGGAUAUAAAUUAUUUCAUUUAUUCCGUCAGCACCUGGUCUCCUACUCUAGUCAGCGUUGUAACCUUUUCUUGUUUUACUAGCGUGUGGAGCAGUAAUUACCAACGAUGACUGAAGGAACAGUUACCGUAAGGACGCGAAAAUUUAUGACCAACCGGCUUCUUUGCCGAAAACAAAUGGUCGUAGAUGUUACCCAUCCUGGCCUUCCUUCAGUGAAGAAAACGGAGAUUAGGGAAAAACUGGCUAAGAUGUACAAAUGUACUCCUGAUGUAGUAUUUUGCUUCGGUUUCCACACUAACUUUGGUGGUGGCAAAUCAUCUGGGUUUGCAUUGAUCUACGAAACUCUGGAUUUCGCCAAGAAAUUUGAACCAAAACACAGGCUUGCUAGGCAUGGUCUCUAUGAGAAGAAACAGCAAACCCGUAAACAGAGGAAGGAACGUAAGAACAGAAUGAAGAAGGUUAGGGGUACUAAAAAAGCUAAAGUUGGUGCUGCUGCAGGGAAGAAGUAACCUGUGGCGAUGGGAAGUUGAGUUGGGUUGUAUUUAUAACUUUACAUGCCAAACAUGUAAAUACUUUUGGAUGACUUGUGAAGGAAUAAAUACAAUGUUUUUAAGUUCUUUUUUUU